GGUGAAACAAGAACUACAAAAUCAGCCGCAGCAGUAAUAACGGCGCAGGAGGAGCAGGACGUCGAGGCGAAUACUGCUGAAAGGACUACUUCUGCGGCACCACCCGCUGCAGAAGUUAGGUGUCCGCUGGACGAACUUCGGGAGGACUUGGAGGGAUACUACAUGAUGUUAAGGGGCUUACCCUUACCCGGGCACCGCGAAGAGAAUGAGGCGUUCUCUCGAUUGGAGCGGGAGCUCAAGAGAAAGCUGACGGAGACGUCGUGUUUCUCCGUUGAGCAUUUGCAAGCGGACGCCUCUGCGGCAAAAAGAGUGCGAAUCGAAGCCACAGUGGCGCUACGGGAAAGGCUAAUCUCAGAUGGGGUUCCGGUCCCAAGUCUGAACGAGCAAGAUGCAAUCAAGGAAUUCUUGCUUUAUGAGGCAUUAUCAAUGUUGAUUUUUGUUGAAAUGAAAAAUGUUGGAAUUAUCAAAAUCAGUAAAUAAUGUUUCUAUUACUAACAUGUGUGAGCGUGACGGAUAUAACGAAAUGUGAUGUUUUCUAACUAAAUAGUAAACCGUAGCAAAAAACUUUUUUUAGAUUUUAUUUAGAUGAAUCUUUUAUAUCGUGGUAGUGACAGGUUGAUUAUGCAGCUUAGUUUGUCACGUGAUUCGUCAAUGAGUGAGUGAAUGAAUAUGCUUUUGACAACUCACCUUACUUGAUUGAUCUUCCUCUAAGAAUUGGGCAAGGACCCCAAAGAAGAGGGCGAGCCGCACGUGCUUCAAAUGCAGUAUGUAGACGGUGGUCGUAGAUUUAGAGUGCCAGUGCGUGGGCGGCUCGUUCGUAGAUUCAGUUUCGAAGACCAGGAAUACUUUCGUCCAGAAGGUCACGGGCAAAAUUAAGACUUCAUUCCUACAACUUAUUUCUCGCAGUUCAUUGAGGUAAUAGUUUAUUACCUCUAGGUUCUUCAUCAACAGGUUAUUUCUCGCAGUUUCCUCCGCGGCGCUGCGAGAAAAUGGAGGCAAGAAAUGAAAUAUUCACAGCUCUAACCAAAUCAAGUACAGCAAGGAGAGCAAGGACCUGGAGAAGGACAACCAAAUGGAGAGCAAAUACAACUCCUAGGUGAAGAAGAAGAAGAGGAUGUAGCAGAAGGAAUUUCGUUGGAAUAUAAUGACGAAAGUCUACUUGAAAGUGAUGGGGAAGAUGGUCUCAGCUAUUUCUCCAAUCUUGGCUUUGAAGAUAUUGAAGAAUUAGAGGACGAGGAUAACAACUCCCAAUAAGUUCGAGUGACCCAAGUUCAACUGUUAGAAGGCGGAGACCAAAUGGCAAAUUCAGCUAGUACAAACUCUGCGGUAGAAGCCACAGCUCUCACUUAUACUGCAAACGUGAACAGCUCAUCACCUGCAUCUGCCGCUCUGUCAUCGUCGUCGACUUCAUCGAAUGCGAACGCUUCAAAUGUUUCACGGUCAAUUUGAUCGUCCCCUGCUCCAAACGUUUUACGGUCACUUAGACAAGAGGACACAGAGAUGGUGCACAAUACGACUAGUACCACUUUUGUACAUCCUUCCCAAGAACGAUCCCAAAGCCAGAACCAUCAACACGCAGCAGCAGAAGAUGCGGAAAUGAGAGACGCAGAAGACGCGCAAGAUGGUGCUGCUUAGAGGCAAAAACCUAAGCGUAAAAAUUUCAAUUUGUAGAAAGUCUUUUUUUAGGUGUCUCUGCAACUUCUCAUUCCAAUUUUCAAGGAAGAGUUGUAUGUGAUAUAUCCAAAUGACCCUUAGAUCGUAUGUUGUUUAAAAAUUGAAUACAACUUACAUCGAAUAAUCGUAUGGAGGAUAUACUUAAAAACUCAUAAAUCUCUUUAAUAUUGAAGAUGAUGUUGACUUCGCGUUUUGCGCCUGCGGAGCUCGCGGGAAUGUAAGAUCUUAAAGUGAUGUUAAAUACUUAUAGAUGUCAACGUAUGUUGUAGUUUAUGAAAAUUUUUUUUCCUUAU